UUUUCAGUGCCUUUUGUGCUUUAAAAAAAGAAAAGAAAGAAAAGUGUCGUUUACGAUUAUGGCAAAGAGUCUGUGUUUCGCAUUAUUCCUGGCGACGACCUCGAGGAAUCUAUUUGUUCACGCAGUGACUGAGGACCGUUGGUACUGGUACCAGGAUGCCCAAAGUCGAUUAAACACUUACCUCUCUGAGCCAGUGAACACGAAUGUGGCCAAGAAUGUCAUCAUAUUUGUGGGUGACGGAAUGGGCAUCCCAACAGUCACAGCUGGCAGGAUUCUGAGGGGCCAACUCGAAGGUGGACUCGGAGAAGACUACAGACUUACCUUUGAAAACUUUCCCUACUUGGGUCUCGCAAAAACAUACAAUGUCGACUCCCAAGUAGGGGACUCAGCAGCCUGUGCAACAGCCUUAUUGUGCGGCGUUAAGGGCAACUUUGAGACAGUGGGUCUGGACAGCCAUGGAAAGUACGAUGACUGCGAAUCCGUGUCCAAGUCCCGCGUGCCCAGCAUCAUGGACUGGGCCCAGAAAGACGGGAAGUGGACUGGGUUUGUCACCAACACCAGGAUCACCCAUGGGACCCCUGCUGCGCUGUUCUCCAAUUCUGCAUCCAGGUACUGGGAGGAUGAUUCCAAACUGCCACCAAAGGCCAGAGGCAAGUGUCAAGACAUUGCUGCUCAGAUGAUUGAUAACAUGCCUGGAAAAAAUCUCAGGGUGAUCCUAGGAGGAGGAAGACGCCAUUUGCUGCCAGAAAACACUGCUGACCCAAAGCUCAAGGGAUACUUCGGUAAAAGAGCAGACGGAAGAAACCUGAUGCAGGAAUGGAAAACCCAAAAGCAUGAUUUGGAUGCAAAGUACUCUGUUGUCACAACACAGAAAGAGUUGGCUGAUGUGGACCAUAACAACACUGACUACCUAUUGGGGGUAUUCAGUUACAGUCACAUGAACUUUGAAAUGGACAGGGAUGACAAUGAUGAAGGAGAGCCUAGUUUGGUGGACAUGACAAGACGUGCAAUUCAAGUCUUGAAGAGAGGACCAGAAGGCUUUGUCCUCAUGGUGGAAGCUGGAAGGAUGGACCAUGCUCACCAUUUCAGCAAUGCCAGGAGGGCAUUGGAUGAAGUUCACUCCCUAGAUGACUCUGUAAAGGCAGCUCUUGAGCUGAUCAGCCCAAAAGAUACUCUCCUGAUUGUCACUGGGGACCAUUCCCACACCAUGACCAUUGGAGGCUAUCCAAAGCGUGGAAACCCUAUUUUAGGCAAAGACACUCGACCAUCAGACGUGGACAACAUGCCGUACACUACCCUGCUGUACGGAAACGGGCCGGGUUACGGGGUCGCCGGUUCCGGCCAAGACUUCCACGACGACGCCGGCGGCGCCGACCAGCACGCAGCAGUGGCGUCCCGGCGCCAAGACCUGAGUCUAGUGGACACCACGGCCAGUGACUAUAUUCAGCAGAGCGCCGUUCCGCGCAAGUGGGAGACCCACGGCGGCGAAGACGUGCCUGUUUACGCCCUGGUAAAGAUACUCUCCUGA